AUGGCCGAUGAAGUACCAGCCACCGCGCUUGUCGACGCGCAGCCACCUACCAGUGCUGACCCUGGCGAGCCCAUACCAGUCGAAGAGACUGCUCCGAUUACGAAGGAAGAUGAGGAGAUCGCCGGCAAGCAAGCCACCACAGAAGUGAAUGCACCUGACGGUGGCACGACUGAAGUCGCUGUUGGCCCAUCAGCAGCCGAGACCGCCGAUGACGCGACCACAGCAUCCGGCAAGAAAGAGAAGCGCAAGUCCGUGUCGGGUGUGCCGGAGCACAAGAACAAGAAGCUCAACAAGAAGAAGUCCAUGGUGUCGCUGCAGCUUGAGUGCAAGCCGGGCGAACACUACUGGGCGAGGCUGAAGGGCUACCCACCAUGGCCGGCGGUUGUCUGUGAUGAGCAGAUGCUGCCCGAGACACUGCUUGCCACGCGUCCCGUGUCUACUGCACGUCCUGAUGGCUCGCUGCGCGACGACUUCAAGGAGGGCGGCAAGAACGCGAAAGAGAGGACUUUUCCUGUCAUGUUCUUGUCCACGAACGAGUUCGCCUGGACCGUCAACACUAACCUCACACCUCUCAACCCUGAGGAUUGCAAGGAGAAGCCGAAAGCAAAGAUGACCAAGGCUUUGCAGGACGCAUAUCAGCUGGCCACCGAGAAUCACGAUAUAGAUUACUACAAGAACUUGUUGACACAAUUUCAAGAGGAGACUCAGAAGCGCAAUGCUGAAAUUGCAGAGCUUGAAGCUCAAGAGGCAGCUGAGAGAGAGCAGGCGGCGCGCGAAGCUGAAGAGACUGCCGCGAAUGGUGCUGGUGAGGAUGUCAAGAAGGAGAAGAAGAAGAAGGCGCCGCGCAAGAGCAAAGGUAGUGAUGGCGAUGUCGAGAUGGAGGAUGCUGAGGCGCCAAAGUCGUCUAAGAAGCGAAAGAAGGAAGCCGAGAGUGAUGCUGAGGGUGCUAAGCCUAAGAAAACUCCGAAGGUCACUAAGCUUAACGCACCAAAGACACCUGCCAGCGAAGCGUCUACGAAGAAACCGACCACCAAGCCGAAGAAGAAGGUCAGCGCACCUAAAGCCGAGGAGGCUGAAGAAGUAGCGAAGCCACAAAUGACAGAAGCCGAGAAGCUUGAGCAACGCGAGAAGGCGAUCCUCUACCUUCGCCAUCGCCUGCAGAAAGGGUUCCUUGCCCGCGAUCAGGCACCGCAAGAAGCUGAGAUGUCGACGAUGGCUGAGUUCUUGAGCCAGCUCGAGACUUAUGCCGAUCUUGAGCCUGCCAUAAUCCGUACUACGAAGAUUCAUAAAGUGCUCAAGGCUAUAGUAAAGCUGAGCUCUAUUCCGAGAGACGAGGAGUUCAGCUUCAAGAAGAGGAGCGCGGCCAUGCUCGAGGUGUGGAAUAAGAAGAUGGAGAGUGAAGGUGAAGGUGCUGCGGCGGCUGCCAUGCUAAAGGAGAAGGAAGCCGCGCCUGUCACCAAUGGGGAGACGAACGGGGAGGUCAAAGAAGGGGCGGGAAAGGAGGUUGAGGCAAAGGGUGCAGAGACUGUCGCUGAGGAGGCAGAUGAGAAGAUCGAUGAGAAGGCUGAGGAGCUUGCUGAUACAACGAUGGCGGAACCUGCUGUGGAGGUACCAGAAGAAAAGGCUACGGUGCCCGAAGCCGCUGCUGGAGGAAGCAAGGAGAAUGCUGAGGUUGGCGAUGUGAGCAUGCAGACUGUGUCCGAGAAGCCUGCAGAUCUUCCUGCGCCUACAGCUGAUGAGAAGGAGGAUGCUGCCGAGACGACUGCGAAUUGA